AUGGUGGGAUGGGAAAAUGGUGGAACCAGGAAAAUGGAGAAAUGGGAAAAAUGGAGGCAUAAGGAAAAUGGCGGAAUAGGAAAAAUGGAGGAUCGGAAAAAUGGCAGGAACUGGGAAAAUGGCGGAACCAGAAAAAUGGCGGAACCAGGAAAAUGGGUGCCCUUGUCUUCCUACGUAGGUGCUUCAAAUAAGAAGUGGAGAUUUUCUACAUGGCCAGAAUGGAAUGAUGCAGAUAUCAAUGCAGAAAAAUGGGAUGCUGGAAAAGUCGGAAAAGAGAAAGAAAAAACUGGAAAAGGUCACAUUUCACGUGUCUUUGAGGAUCCUGAAGGAAAAAUAAGGUUGCCAGCAUCCUUAAAAGUGCAUUCAUGGAAACGUCCACAAGAGUUUUUGAGAAAUAAGAUUCCUGUUGUUGUCAAAAAUGAAACCUCAUUUGACCUUGUUUCAGCAAAUGAGCAUAUAUUUUCUAGUGAGCUGAUGAGAUGGAUUGUAAGUGAAAUUUAUGCUCUCUGGAGGAUAUAUAAUGAAAAGUCCUUAACUAGUGAAGCAGCUGCACGUUUUUGGAAACCAUGGGAACACAUUUAUGCCUUAUGUAAAGCUACCAAGGAACACAUGCCACUGUACAAUAGCUUUGGAAAAUAUGUAGUGAAACUUUAUUGGAUGGGAUGCUGGAGAAAGAUCAUUGUGGAUGACACUAUGCCUUUCAAUGAAGAGGAUAAUUUGUUACUGCCAGCUACAACUUGUGAUACUGAACUUUGGCCAAUGUUGCUGUCCAAAGCCAUCAUUAAGCUAGCAAAUACUUGUAUACAUGAAACUGGAAAAAGAGAGAUGGAGGAAUUUACAGUUCUACAUACACUGACUGGAUGGAUACCAGAAGUUACUCCUCUCCAGCCUGAAUACUUAGACGAAGUUCAGGACUUUUUGAAAGAGAUUGUGCCAGAAUUCAAGUUGCCAGGUAUGAAGACUCCAGAACCUGAUAUUACUCAGUCAGAUACAAAACCUGAAGAGGCCAAAGCCUCAGAGUUAAAAAAUGAAGUUUCAUCUGUAAAUAAGCAGCCAGAUACACCUGAGAAAGCAAAGACGGCUGAUAACAUUGAAUCUUCUGUGCCAACCCAGCCAGAAAUAGCCGUGUAUGCGGCCUGUGUACCACUACAUUUGUUUGAAGAGGAUAUUUUUGCCCUAACGCGGAUGACUGAUUCUUCGGAGAAGAUGAGGCAAUAUGGGCUUUCCCACAUAUUCAGCCAUCCUGUCCUGAUCACUAGAACUAGGUCCUGUCCUCUGGUAGCACCACCACAACCACCAACAGUUCCUCUUUGGAUGCUUUUCCGUCAGAAAAAGAAAACUGUUGUGACAUCUGAACCCCAAGAGCCUGUGGUAAAGAAACCUGAAGAAUAUGUGGAGAUUUCUAGCCCAUUUUUUAAUUACAAAUUGAAUCUCAUCACAAUACCUACAGUCAUCCGCGUUCCACGGUCUACCAUCAAAAAAGGAUUUCGUUCCAUAUCCUGUCUCACGUCUGUUACUGAAAGUGAUGAAAAUGAAAAUGACAGUAACGUGGAUAUGAAUCAAAAUAGGAGACACUCAAAUGCAGAAGAUUGUUCUCAGGAGACCACUCUCUUAUGCAAGCAAAAUGCAGAGACACCCAGUAAAGAAGAAUUACACGACAAUAUCAGUUUUGAUGCAAAACGAAUCUCAGAAAAAGCUGAUGCUAAAAUGAACAGCCAGACAGGGGAUAAAUCAAAGGAAGAAAUAGAGUCAGAAAAGACUCCUGUUUCCAGGGAAACCUGGAUUACCUUUGAAGACUUCUGUGUUUGUUUCCAGAACCUAUAUGUUUUCCACAAGCCAGACACAUAUGCCUAUAACUAUCAGAAGACAGAUUUUCAGUGUACUGAUGAACCAGUAUCCUAUUAUUUACUUGUGGACAGUCCAACGCCCAUUGACAUCCUGGUUAGCUUUUCUGCAUUAGUACAUUGGCAUGAUACUGGAGGUACUAAACAAGAAUGUGCUAGUGUUUCAGAGGGUGUGCUGAUUGUUGAACAUUUCUCUUGGAAAUGUGUGAAUCCUGAAGAAUUUCUGUUAAAGAUACACACAUCUGCAACCAAAGCUGCCACGUUAAAUCUUCCUGUUGGGCGACACAUAUUGCUCUUCACAGUAAGUUCUCCCAUAGGGCACCACAUUAGUCUGUGUACCAUGGUGCCAUGUGUCUUUGGAGAGGAGGAUGCUGUGAUACCUGCUCUUGAAAAGGAGAGCAAUCGGUUUACAGAACAGGCUACAGCUAUCCUGAAAGCUGUUGGAAAUGUGAUAAAUAAUUUCAGCAGUGAGCAUGAGCUUUCUAAAGCCUUGAAGGAAUUGGAACUAACUCAUUGUCCUCCUGGCCUGCACGAUACUGGAAUGGCUGAAGAACACUUCAAGGUUUUCAAUAGUGCAUUUUGGUAUUUGAUCAAACAUGUGCUGGGCACAAAGGCUUCUUAUGAGAGUAAAUUUGCCUUCAGGUCCUUCACUUUGGAUUUUAAAGACACUGAUAUUUCUGGGGAUGACACUGUGUUUUCAGAGAGCAGUGAGGACAAACCCCUUAGCAGCUGGCAGAACCGAACUCCUACAUCUGAAGAAGAAGCAGCUGCUCUCAAACUUCAAGCUGUUUGGAGAGGGACCUAUGUUAGGAAAGUACUGAAAAGCAGAGAACUAGGUACUAAAGAAAACACUUAUGUCAAAGAAACCUUGAAAAAAUUGUGGACUGCGAUUGAGUUAAAUUUUGAACAGUUUGCUGUAAUGUUGUUAAGAGAAAUGUUUAAAAGAAACUGUAAGUCAGUUGAAAUGUUUCCUUGUCAUGAAGACGAAUGGUGUAAGAUGUCUUUUGUUGACUAUGCUGUAACAUAUACUGAUCAGCCACCAAAUUCGUGGUUUGUGGUUUUUAGAGAAAUAUUAAUUGUUCCAGAAGACAUGCUUAUAGUGACAAAGGUGUAUACCACUAUCCCUGCCUGUAGACUUCAUAUUGUUGAUAAUGACACCCUGGAGGAAAUGCCACAUGUCUUUUUCAAAGAGGCACCUCAUGUUUAUCCCCAAAAUAAGAAAGGAUACACUUUUAUGGCUGAAGCACAUACUGGUGACCUACCUGUGGCAGCUGGAAGAUGGAAGCUCAGGUUCAUCAGUUCUCAUAGUCCACUUCCAUUGCUCUCUCGCGAGGCUGCAACAAAUGUCUUUUCCACUAAACAAUUUAAAGAAUAUUACAUACCCAAUGACAAGCAUGUAAUGUUCAGGUAUUUAGUAAAAGUCACAGCAUCACAUAUUGCUACAGUGCAGGUACAAACCUCUAAAUCAGAUGUAUUCAUUAAACUACAAGUCCUAGAUAAUGAGGAAGAAAUUGUGAGUGUCACUGGAAAGGGCCAUGCAGUCAUCUCUGCUUUUAAUUUCUUGAGUAAUAAAACAAUUUUGAGUUCCCAUGCAAGCAAAGCACAGGUUAUUCAAAGUAGUACAAAGAAGGAAUCGGAAACUGAACGAGUAAAAAAAAGAAGUCAUACUUCUUCAAAGGACAGCAAAGCUUCUUUCAAGCUAGGACUUGUACAAGAAGAUCCACCUGUAUUAGAAGAAGAACCUUUCCUCUUGGAAAACUUUCAAGAUAGUGUUGGCAGUUCACAACAAUCUCACAAAUAUAUCAUACAGGCAUUGGUGUUGUACAAUAGUUGGCCACUUACUGAGAGUCAGUUGCUGUUUGUUCAGGAACUGAAAGAAAUGGAGAAAAAUGAAAUCAAAGUACACAGGGGAAGGGAUGAGAAGCAUGGCUUUCCCCUGACAUUCAAUUCUUUUGAAGGACAAAUUUCUACAGAUAUUCCUAAAUCAACCAGAAAAGCAAAAGAUAAAUCCUCUGAGAAGACAAAAAAAGAGAAGUCCCAUAAAGAAAGAGCUCAAUCUGAAUCUCAGGUGAGAAAAAAGCCAAAAUUUCAGGAAGCAGUUUCAAGCAAACCAUGCUGGACUUUACGUCUGGUUAGUGAACAGAGUGAGGCAGAGUUUCUGGAGCUGAAGAAAGACACCCAGCGAGCAGAUGAGAUCAGAGCCAUGAAACAAGCAUGGGAGUCUGCAGAGCCAGGAAGAGCUGUCAAGGCUUUCCAGGAACGUGUGCGCUUUAUUAAUAAGCAUUCUGUGAGAGAUUCAGAGGAGCCCACAGCUGGGACUGCCCAUUUAACCCCUGGCUCAGGAAAAAGAGGAAAGAAAGCAUCACAAGCAGCUAUUGACUCAAGAUUACAAAUGCAGCAAAAAAAAUGGGAGCCUAUAGACCUUAGCCCUUACAUGAGAAAAACAAUGUCUGAGUCUGUGCUGAGAAAUGAGUCUCUCAUUCAACAGCAACAGAUACGUAAAGAGGAAAAAAUCAACAGUUUUAGGGAACAUCGAAAGCUGGAUUUGGAACAGAGAGAAAAAGAGCAAAAUGACAGAGCUUUAUUGAAGCAAAAUAUUAUUGAAAUGUAUGAGAAUCUGCAGGCAUCCUUAGAUGAAAGCCGACGCAGAGUCCACAGCAUUCGGGAAGAAUACAGAAGUAAGCUGCUAGAGGCUGAGCGCAGGAAACAAGAAGAACUGGCAGCUCAGGAAGCAUCCCUACAAGCAGAGGAAAAGAAGAAAAAAGCAGAGGAAAAAAAAAAAAACCAUAGCAAAGGUUUAGGGAAAAAAAAGUAG